UAUGUCUCGAUCCCGCCACGCAAAACCUUCCAAAUUAGUCAGGAAAGAAGAUCUAAACAAAAAGAAAAGCACCCAAAUGAAGAAGACAUCAAAGCUGGCCAUCAAAACUGGGACAUCUGGGAAGACUUUGAGCCCUGGAAAACUGAAGCAAUUAAUUCAAGAAAGAGAUGGUAAGAAAAAACCAGAAGCCAAACCCCACACUCCGGUCAGAAGCCUGCUAACCAGAGCUGGGGCAGCCCGAAUGAAUCUGGAUAGGACAGAGGUCCUGUUUCAGAACCCAGAGUCCUUAACUUGCAACGGGUUCACAAUGGCUCUCCGAAGUACCUCUCUUAGUAGGCGACUCUCCCAUCCCCCAGUGUUUAUAGCCAAAUCCAAGAAAAUCCCAUCUUCUAAGAGUUUGGAAAAGCAGCAUAAGACCCUAGAUAGCAUGGGCCCAAAUCCCUCAGAAAACAAUUCGGUGCUCAUCCAAGACCCCCUCAUGUCCCCUGAUACAGAGAAUCUGAAUAGUGAGCCAAAUGCAGGUUUAUUUCAAGAUGAGAGCCAAGAGAUGGUCCAGUCUUGGCCUCAAAGGGUAGAAGAUUCCAAAACCAGUAUCCCUACCACAGAGAUUCUUUCUGGGCCACCAAAAGGGACACAUGGUGAAGAACAGACAUUACACGAUGGCAGCAAUUCCCAUAGAAUAUUUGCUCUGGACACCACGAGUGCUCCUUUGUCCCAAAGAACAACCCCUGAAAUCACCUCUCAAAGAAACUCAAGCAUUCAGUUAGAAGAUUUGGGUUCACAAGUAGAAUCUCUUAAGCUAUCUGACACUUCCUUGGAUCCCCUGGGAAAUGAAAGUAAUUGCUACCCCACCUCCAGCUUUAAUAAGAUUGUGCCUGAAUUUGACCUUAGAAACUGCGUAUCUCUUGGAGGGUCUGUAUAUUCCACGGCUCUGAUAAAACUCCUCUUAGCUGGCUCCCAGCCAGAUGCCCCUGGUGCUAAACCCCAAGAAGUCCUCAAAACUACCCCAGACCAAGGGGAAAUUCUUGGUGCCACCUCUGUCCUAGGACAGUCCUUCAGUGCUCUCUCACAUCCGUGGGAAUUUUCUGGUGCUAACCUAUUUCCUGGUGAGGGUCUAGGUAAGGUCCCCAACCCACCAGGGGAUCCUGGUGCUAUUUCCAUCCAAAGGCAGGUCUUUGCUACUAUGCUAAACCAACCAGAAGCUAUUGAUGUGGGUAUGGGUGCUUCCACAGACCUGCCUAUCUUCCCUCCUGUUUGUUCAAACACAGUUGCUACCUAUAAUACACUGCCCACGUGGCCAGAGUCCCAUAGUUCUGUCUCAUACAGGCUUGAGGUCCAAAGUUCAACGCCAGUUUUGCCUUUGGAUUCAGGGCACCCUCCUCAACCAUCUUCAGACUCAGAGUUAAGUUCAGUACCUCCUGUAAUAGCUGCAUGCACCAUUGAGGAUGAAAAGCAGUUUUGUGGAAGCCUUCCAGCUAACACACAAGCGUUCAUAUAUGCCCCUGAUGAUGGACUCCACCAUGCUCCUUUGGAUCUUACCCAGUGCUCCCGGGCUGGUCCCAGCAAAUCAGGAGGGAGUCCCCAGGUCAGCAUAAGUAGCUCGGCUGAUGUCAAUACCACAGUGACGUCUGUGCCAGCAACAGGUGCCAGCACCUCUUCUUCCUCUACACCCUCACUACCAACUUUGGAGAGGAGGAAACGCAAGGCAUGUGGGGUCUGUGAGCCCUGCCAGCAGAAAAGCAACUGUGGGGAAUGUACCUACUGCAAAAAUCGGAAGAACAGCCAUCAGAUCUGCAAGAAGAGGAAGUGUGAGGAGCUCAAGAAGAGACCAGCCUCCACUGCACCUGGGGAGGUUAUAAAAGAAAACAAGAGGCCCAAGAGGGAAAAGAAGCCCAAAGUUUUAAAGAGAGACUUUAACAACAAACCAGUAAAUGGCCCCAAGUCAGAUUCCAUGGAAUACCGUAGCUGCGGUUAUGGGGAAGAAGAACAAAGAUUGAAUUCAAACACAUGUCCCCUUGAAAAUGUAACAAAAAAUGAAAGUAUGACAGGCAUCGAGGUGGAAAAGUGGGUGCCAAACAAGAAGACACACUUAGCGGAUCAGGUCAAGGCAGACCUCCAUGCAAAUGUAAAAGAAGCUGAAAAUUCACAGCCCUCUGAACAUGACAAGGAACCAACCACACCUUCCCCCUUUGCACAGACUGUGAGAAAUGGCAUAAAAAAUGCACAUUGUUUACCAAUUGACACAAAUGUGCCACUCAACAAACUGAAUCUUGAAGAAUUUAGCAAGGUGCUGGGAAACCAUUCCUUUAAUUUCCUGAAAGGCCCUUCACACUGCAAGGAAGCCACAAGCACUGGUGCCACCGAAGGGGCCUUUGGUCACAACAAGAAGAGUGGUGACAAUGGCCCUUUUCAGAAAUCGGGGGCGAACUGCAAAUCUGAAUUCUCUGCUACCGUGCACAGCCAUCCUAGUCCACACCAUGAAGACAGUCAACCAAAAAACCCUGAGAAGGUCCCCAGUAGAGCACCAAAAGAUGGAUCUCCAGUUCAACCAAGUCUUCUAUCCCUAAUGAAAGACAGGAGACUCACCCUGGAGCAGGUAGUAGCCAUAGAAGCCCUUACUCAACUCUCAGCAGCCCCAUCAGAGAAUUCCUCACCCGCUAAGUCAGAAAAGGAUGAAGAAGACACAGAUCAGAGAACAGCUAGUUUGCUCAACAGUUGCAAAGCUAUCCUUUGUUCUGUGAGAAAAGACCUGCAGGAACCAAAGUUACAAGGAGAGACACAGACUUACUCUCUGUCUUUGGAAAAAAAUCAAAUUUCAAACAACACUGUCGUGUUCAAUGGCCAGAACACUGUGUUGAAGUCACAGGUCAACACAGCUAUUAACGCAGCACCUACGAAGCCACACGAACAUUCAAAACUGAGAAAGCCAGUCUCUCUUGGAAUACCAAAAUCGAAUUCAUCUAAAGGGGAUAGCAAAGAAAGCGUUGCUGAAGGUAUCUCCUACCUUGAUAGUUGUUCUCAGAAUUCACAUCAACUGAUCCAAAGAAGUGAUAAUUUGGAAUACUGCAACCAAGUACUGGACAGCAGUAAAAAUUUGAAUUCCCAGGAUGAUCUAUCAUGCCAGGAUGCAUCCUACAGUAAAAUUGAAGAAGAUGUUGCAGCGCAGUUAACCCAACUUGCAUCCAUAAUUAAAUGUAAUAAUUUAAAACCAGAUGUUGGGAAUGUUCAGAAAACACCAGCAAACCUUGUUUCAAAGAAUAUAGAGGAAAAACUUAGUCAGGAGAAAGGUGUAGCACAACAAAAACCAUCUUCAAGUGUACAUAAACACACACCAGUAGCCAAGCCAAAGACCCGUAAAAAGACAAGAUCCACUCCACACAAAGAUCGACGUACCAAGAAAUCCUCACCCCUCAGCAGUCAAGAAAAUGACCUGAGGAUGCAAGAGCAGCUCUCACAGGAAUAUAGUAAGUUGCAUGACAUUUGGAUAGCAUCCAAAUUUCAAAGAUUUGGUCAAUUUGUUCCACAUGAUUUUACUGUUUUGUUCAGAAAAAGACCUCCUUUUGACCAACCAUUGAAACCAGUGGCUCAAAGUAGUACAAGCUUCCAACACAAAAAAUUAUUUCCUCCACUCAGUCAGAUAACAUUCAAGAGAAAACCUCAGUUGUUAAAGGUUGAACCUUCGGAUUCUCUCCCAACAUGGCAAGUCAAAACAGAAUCCAGCGGGCCAGUGUUUACAGAACAAGCAGAACAUUCUCAGGAACAGUCCACAGUGAAUGCCAGUAAGAAAACUCAUCCUUUAUCCCAGCCCUGCUGUCCUUCUAACCAGUGUGCUAACGUGAUGGUAGGUGCUGACCAAACACAGUUUCAGCAGGAUGCUCAAGGGAUACUGCCAUUGUUACCUGGUACCUCUUCUGCGACCCCCUUGCCUGACCCAGCAUCAGUACUCAAGAAACUCAAUGUAAUGCGUUCCAAUGGAAUUACAGUGGUUUCUGCCAAACGUAAAAGAGAAAGCGACAGGGACAGAGCACAGAAAGAUUUUAAUGAUCACGCCAUGAAGUACUUUACUAAGCCUGCAAAAAGACUGGUGGCUGCAGUGAAGGAGACAGACAUUCCGCCUUGCAACUGCCUUGAUCGAGGUACACAAAAAGACAAAGGCCCAUAUUAUACACAUCUUGGGGCAGGACCAAGUGUUGCUGCUGUCAGGGAACUCAUGGAGACUAGGUACGGCCAAAAAGGCAAGGCUGUAAGGAUAGAAAAGAUAGUGUAUACGGGGAAAGAAGGCAAAAGUUCAGAGGGUUGUCCACUGGCUAAGUGGGUUAUAAGAAGAGGCAGUGAGGAAGAAAAAGUUGCUUGCUUGGUCCGGGAGCGCCCAGGCCACCACUGUCAGGCUGCUUGCAUAGUGGUGCUCAUCAUGCUGUGGGAUGGGAUCCCACUCCCUAUGGCUGACCGAUUGUACACGGAGCUUACUGACAGUUUAAAGGCCUACAAUGGUCAUCCAACAGACCGAAGAUGUGCCCUCAAUGAAAAUCGUACCUGUACAUGUCAAGGCAUUGACCCACAGACAUGUGGAGCUUCUUUCUCCUUUGGCUGUUCCUGGAGCAUGUAUUUCAAUGGCUGCAAAUUUGGACGAAGCCCAAGCCCCAGAAGAUUCAGAAUUGACCCAAGCUCUCCCUCACAUGAAAAAAAACUUGAAGAGAAUUUACAGAGUUUGGCUACAGAAUUAGCACCAAUUUAUAAGCAGUUUGCUCCAGUUGCUUACCAAAAUCAGGUGGAAUAUGAACAUGUUGCCCGAGAAUGUCGCCUUGGUAUGAAAGAAGGCCGUCCUUUCUCUGGGGUCACUGCCUGUUUGGACUUCUGUGCCCAUCCUCACAGGGACAUUCACAACAUGAACAACGGAAGCACUGUGGUUUGUACUUUGACUCGAGAAGAUAACCGCACAUUUGGUGUGAUUCCUGAAAAUGAGCAGCUCCACGUCCUCCCACUGUACAGGCUUUCAGACACCGAUGAAUUUGGCUCUCGAGAAGGGAUGGAGGCCAAGAUCAAAUCUGGGGCAAUCCAAGUCCUCAAGCCUUACCUCAAGAGGAAGACACGUUUCAGAGAUGCAGUUUGUCGAUGUAAUCAGAAGAACACCUACCUAGUCCCAAGCAGGGGGAAGAGAAACUUGGCAUCCAUGACCGGCAGUAAAGCAGCCUUGAUGCCACCCCCAGGUUCAGACGACACUAAAUGCUAUUCAUCAGCCCCAUCCAUUCCUCAACCAGUGAAUGAGAAAGACCUGUCUCCAAUCUUCUGGCCCCUGGAGGCUUCCUCCAUGAAAACAGCUAUGUGUAUGUACAAUCAAACAGCCCCAUCUGGGUUUUCAGAAAAAAGUAGCAUUCUCCACUGCACAAUGCCUUCUGGAGCACACAGUGGUGCUAAUGCAGCUUCUGGGGAAUGCUCUGGAAUUGCACAGCCUGGUGAAGUCACUGCUCUUCUCACCUUGUCUCUUCCCAUAGCUGGUACCCCCAUUUAUUCUGAGACCCUCACUAGUCCACCUGAGCAGCUAACUUCUAAUCAGCCAAACCAGCAGCCCCCAUUCCUCCCCUCUCCUCAUGAACUCAGUUCCUGUCAAGUGGAAGAAGAUGAGCAGCACUCUGAUGUAGAUGAACCUCUAUCAGAUGAAGACCCCUCAGAUGACCUAUCCUCUGAUGAGGAUGAUAUUCCCAAAUUUGACGAGUAUUGGUCAGACAGUGAGCAUGUCUACUUUGAUCCUAAUAUUGGUGGUGUGGCGAUAGCACCUACUCAUGGCUCUGUGUUGAUUGAGUGUGCCAGGAGAGAGCUUCAUGCUACUACUGCUGUGCUGGUUCCCAACCGCUGUUGGCCCACUCGCAUAUCUCUUGUAUUCUACCAGCACAAAAACCUGAAUGAGCCCCAACAUGGUUUUGAACUGAAUAGGAUUAAGUAUGAAGCCAGAGAAUUUAAGAAUAAGAAAAUAAAGACCUCACACCAGAAAGACCAGGCAGACACUGAGGGUGCUAAAUUGUCUGGAGGAGUAAAUGAACUGUAUCAAAUUCCCUCUCGUCAAACAGUAACAUUAACCCAUGACAACGUUGUCACCGUGUCCCCUUAUGCUCUCACACAUGUGGCUGGACCCUAUAACCACUGGGUCUGAAGCCUUCCUCCCUUUCCUGAUGCAUUUGCUACUGCAGUGUAUUUUUUACGGUGCUGUUCAAAAGAAAGUCAUGCUGUCGUUUACUCUGUUCAUCUCACCCAUUUCAACGCUGAGGUAAAAUUUCAAAAAAUGGGGUGGGUGCGCAACUGUGACUAUAUUUUGACAAUUGGUUAAAGGUGCACAUUUUCAGCAAAAAAAAAGGUAUAGUUUAAGUACAUAAAGAAAUGUUUGGUUAGGUAUUAACCUUGAUAGAAUCACUCAGUUUGGUGCUUUAAAUUAAGUUCAUUUACUAUGAAACGUCAUUUUUAAAGGUUUUAACUGGUUUAUGUUCUACAACGUAAAAAUCAAGACAGUGUUAGCUCUACACAGCUCCUGGUGCUUAACCACAUCAACACAUCAAAAUAAGCUGAAUUAUUCUUUCUUGGUGCCGUUGUUCCAGCACCUUCCAAUCAUUGCCAUUAAGUCUGCAU